GGCUGGCUUGAACCGGACGGUGUACGACGAGCGCGUGCUGGCGGACGACGAGCUCAACGCCAAAUGGGACAUGUACAAAAACGACUGGCGUCGACAGCAGCAAAGCUAGCCUCUGUAUCUGUCUCUACUCUAAAACAGUUCCCUCCAAAAGAGGCCGUAGUACCAAAGGCACCCAAAACAUCACCCUCCAAACAACCUCACUUCUUCCAUGCAGAGACCUGGGCUUCUCUUCAACCUCCCGCACCAGCUGCGUUGACUGCUUUCGCGCACCGGAUAGGCCUGGCAUCCAUAAUACCUUCUCCGGAUAUCAUACAACAAGCAUGCACACAUCCGUCUAUCCUCACUUUACAUGAACAGUUUCGACCCUCAGAAACCAAGCCUGCUGUCAACGGCAACCUGGAAACUCUUGGAAACUCCUUGCUUGGACUUUUUGCUACGGAAUACGUUAAUUCUUCUUAUCCUCACCUUCCUACCCGUGUCAUGAAGGCUGCUGUUAGCGCCUAUGUCGGUCCAACGACAUGUGCAAAUAUUGCACGAGAGAUGGGUGCUUCACCACUGGUGCGAUGGCAUAGACUGCCAAACACGCCAACGCGACGCGCACUUUUGCAUUCAGACGCAAUAGCGUCCGUUCCUCGUGCACUUACUGCUCUCGUUUACCAACACCGUUCAUUACUUUCUGCACGAAAGUUUGCGCACAAGUUCUUCCUCAGUAGAGAGGUUGAUUUGCGUAACAUGAUUAAAUUCCGCGACCCAAAGAAAGCUCUUGCGGAAACGGUUGCCAAGUAUGGUCGGGAACGACCAAUAUCUAGAUUGCUAAAAGAAACAGGUCGAAUGUCAAACUCGCCAGUGUUCAUAGUAGGGAUAUACUCGGGUGGUGACAAACUUGGUGAAGGAUUUGGAAGCUCUUUGAAGAUGGCUGAAUUCAGAGCUGCAGAAGAUUCGCUGCUCCGGUUGUACUUGACAAGAACUCCGCCGCACCUCGUGCAGCUGCCGACAUCGACAUUCCCUGAUGGGUUUGGAGAUAUUUUCACUGCGAAGGGCCCAGAAGCCGAGUACGUUCCGGGAGAUAUGGGUGAUUCUGAGGUGUUGUUCGCCAGUGCAGACCGCACAGGUUUGCGACUACCUGGGGCGCGGUCGAGAGCUUCAGAGGACGAGAGUACGGUGGAAUUGUAGCAUACAAUAUAUACUUGCUUAAUCUUGCUUUCGAUGCUCUGUUCGUGGUCAUUGGUUGCUUGGACUUAUGCCUCAGAACCAAUGUGCGCCCAGGCCCGGAUAAUGCUGUUUCACGACUCAGCGCC